AAACACAAAUGUACUGUGUUUAAAGGCAAUAUUGUUAUUCGAACGUUGUGUUUAGCGUUUUAUAAAUCAUUUUUAGUUGCAACACAUCAUGGCCAAUAGCGGAGAUGAAACUGUCCCAAUAAACAGCGACGCAAGUGGCGCAAAUUCGAAUUUUUGGGAUGUGAAUUAUUACAAGACGAUUGUGAAACGUAUGGAAGAUGGCGCGAAGCUGUGCGAAGAUUUUAUGAAGAUGAUCACCGAAAGAGCUGAGAUCGAAGCCUUGUAUUCUAAUAAAAUGCGAACUUGGUCGAAAAAAUGGGAGGAAAAUCACAAGAAGAGCACAGAAUAUGGUGCGUUGAAAACCGCCAUGUUUGGAAUCAUGGUUGAGGGUGACCAACUUGCAGACUUACAUUUCGAACUGCGGGAGAAAUUACUCAACGAGGUCCAUCAGAGCGUUAGUCAAUGGAAGAAAGACAAUUAUCAUAAGUCUAUAAUGAGUUACAAGGAAGUAAAAAAUGUAGAGGAAGGAUUUGGUAAAGCGCAAAAACCUUGGAAUAAGAAACUCGAUGAAGUUAAUAAAGCGAAGAAAACCUACCACAAUUCUUGUCGUAAUGUUGACAAUGGCAAACAACAGCAACUGGAAGCUAAGGCUAAAGAUUCAAACGAGGAAACACUAAAAAAACUGGAAGACAAGAUUGAAAAAUGUCAGCAGGACGUGAAAGAUUCUAAAAUGAAAUACGAGGAAUCGCUUCGAGAUCUCAACGGCUACGUUCCUAAAUAUAAAGAUGAUAUGAAGUACUCGUUUAACAAAUGUCAGGAACACGAGGAACUUCGCAAGAGCUUCUUUGAAAGCUUGUUGCUGAGUUACCAUAAAGCAGUCACGCGUGAGGAGCACGCUACAAGAAUGUCAGCAAUGUAUCAGGGAAUGAUGGCAACUUUUAAGAAGACGGCAACAAAAGACGACCUGGAAUGGUACGCGGAUUUCGUUGGUGUGAAUUCUGAGCUGAAAAUACCACAAUACGAGGAAUACGAUUCUACCACGGCGAGCCCUCAAACACAGAAUAAUACGAACGAGGAAAAUAGCUCAGCAAAACGAAAUAAAAGUGGUGUUUGCACUACAUUAUAACGUAAAUAACAUUAUUUGUGUGAAGAAAAAAAUGCCCUUUAAAGACUAAAUGUACUCAUUCGAUUGCAAUGCUCGUUUAUACAUCACGUUUGAUCUUUGAUAUCAGAUAUUCAAUCAGCUCAUGCAUAAAAAAAACGUGUAAAUAUUGUAAAUAUAACAUCGCGUGAUCAUUUGCAUAAACUGUAGACUUAUUGCAGCAA